UGCGCAUGCGCAGAGGGGAGCCCAGCAGGACCCGCGGAGCGGAGCACGCCCGGCCCUGGCGGAACGAUGACUCCACGGGGCAGCCGGUGCCCGAGGAUGUGGCCGGCGCGGCCGGGGACCGGGCCGCUCCUGGUGACCUUCAUCCUACUGGCCGCGGCCCCGGCGAGCCCCCAGCACGACUUUCCCUCCGCCGGGCGGCAGAAAGCGAACGUCCCUCCUGACUUCCUGUCGCAGGCGGGGCGGUCCGUCCGGGAGACCCUGGAGGCCUGGAUCGGGCCGGAGACCUGGAGCUUGGUGGCCGAGACCCUGACUCAGGUACUGUGGGCCAUAUCUUCUGCCAUUUCCGUGGCUUUCUUUGCAUUAUCCGGGAUCUCUGCCCAGCUCCUCAAUGCCCUGGGGCUCAACGGGGACUACUUGACCGAAGGCCUGCAGCUGAGCCCCGGGCAAGUGCAGACCUUCCUUCUGUGGGGGGCGGGAGCCUUGGUGGCCUACUGGCUGCUGUCCCUGCUCCUGGGGUUAGUGCUGGCCGUGCUGGGCCGGAUCCUGUGGGGGCUGAAGCUGGCACUCUUCCUGGCGGGCUUCGUGGCGGUGGUGCGGACGGUGCCGGAGCCCUCGGCGCGUGCCGUGGCGCUGCUGGGGCUGCUGACGCUGUACGCCCUGCUCGGCCGGCUGAGCGGCGGCGGGGCCUCGGGUGCCGCGCGGCUGGAGGCCAAGGUGCGCGGCCUGGAGCGCCAGCUGGAGGAGCUGCGAUGGCGUCAGCGGAAGGCCACCAAGGCCUCCAGGAACGCCGAAGAGUGAGGGCGGUCGGGCCGGCGUGGAGGGAGAGGGACGCCCAUCACGACCUCUCGUCCGUCAAACCAAAGAGCCGAGCGGCUUCCAGCUCCUUCCUUCUGGCCUUCCGCCCUCCCCUCGUCCGCUCCUUAAUGCCGCCCCAUCCUUUCGGUGGUCCUGCUCCAAUCCCCUCCCACCUUCUUUUUCUCUCUCCUCUCUCCCACCCUGCUCAUCCCCGGGGCACCGGGGAGGGAUCUUUAUUUGGAGAGAGUUCUCUUAUCCGUUCCCUUGCCAGCUAGCCCAUCAGAGCCCCAACUCCUGCUGCCCCAGUGAGGUCACAGGUCCCGCUCCAAUCCCCUCCCACCUUCUUUUUCUCUCUCCUGUUUCCCACCCUGCUCAUCCCCGGGGCUCCAGGGAGGGAUCUUUAUCUGGAGUGAGUUCUCUUAUCCCUUCCCUUGCCACAUAGCCCAUCAGAGCCCCAACUCCUGCUGCCCCGGUGAGGUCACAGGUCCCGUUCCAAUCCCCUCCCGCUUUCUUUUUCUCUCUCCUCUUUCCCACCCUGCUCAUCCCCCGGGCUCCGGGGAGGGAUCUUUAUCUGGAGAGAGUUCUCUUAUCCCUUCCCUUGCCAGCUAGCCCAUCAGAGCCCCAACUCCUGCUGCCCCUGUGAGGUCACAGGUCCCGCUCCAAUCCCCUCCUGGUUUCUUUUUCUCUCUCCUCUUUCCCACCCUGCUCAUCCCCGGGGCUCCGGGGAGGGAUCUUUAUCUGGAGUGAGUUCUCUUAUCCCUUCCCUUGCCACAUAGCCCAUCAGAGCCCCAACUGCUGCUGCCCCUGUGAGGUCACAGGUCCCGCUCCAAUCCCCUCCUGCUUUCUUUUUCUCUCUCCUCUUUCCCACCCUGCUCAUCCCCGGGGCGCCGGUGUGG